CAUUAAUCUUGCAGGCAUUUGUGCUCGACCCGAUAGGCCACCUCGUCUUGGUCCUCUCGUUUCUCUUUCCGUUUCUCCUCCUAGUUCGCCCAUGGCCCGGCUUGCACCCUUUGGUCUUCCGCUCCUCGCUCAUCGCUAAACCCCAAACCCCCCCCGGCAGUUCAGAGAGACGGGCAAAUGACAAUGCAACCAACCCUCACCUCGCUCGAGGGCGUACGACCAAACACGCCAUUGUUUCCUUCUUUGAGCAAGAAGCUCCGUCAAUGGCCAACCGAAGCCCAGAUUCUGCUUCUAAUAAUUGUCCGUCGUUUGUUUCGGCAUCUCCGUCCUCCGCCCUCUGUUCAGGUUGAGGAAUAUGGCAAAAGAGAUUGACCCAGAAACACGCGUGGAAAAGGGCAAGGAACCGAGAGCUCAAUACGCACUGGGCGGGUAGCCACAACACCCUGCCAGGAUUGGGUGUCUGUCCGCUUGGGACAAUCCUUUGACCACAGACCCGUUUGCGUUAGAGGGUCGACAAAAGAUACCGAUGGAGUAUUCAUGGGUAUGUGGAGCAGGAGCUUCAAGCUCUCAAGUCUUCAGUCACGGCAGCUACUCGUACUCGGUGCUCUGCGGGACAUAAGCAUUUGACAUCACCCUUUGACCCCCCCUGGGGAGGUGUCGAAUCCACCAGAUCCAAAAUCCUCGCGGAGAGUCGGAGGUCUACAACGUUCCUUACUAGCGAGUUGGGUACCUAGUCCACCAGCCACACAAAGGCCCCCAGCGCCACGACCUGCAAGAAGCCUCAGAAAGCCUCAUGAUCGACCACUUCCUGGAGGAGUCCUCCUUAAGGAUAUCAUGUGCAGCAAUUGGCCGUCGAUUCAGCCUCAUCGCGAUGUGGGCACAGGGAUCUGUGGCUUGAAUCCUUUCGCUUGCACUUGUGGCUGCUGGUUCAACGCGAAGGAUUUCACCAGCCACUUACCCCGAGCUUCAAAAGUGGCUGUACAGCCUGCUGGAGUGCUCGUACGUACCUAUUUCGCUAGAGGUCUAGCAACUAAGUACGGAGUACGAGUAGAUGACAUCGGCAUUCUUGUGGGACUGGCUGUGGAUCGUCGCGUAUGGCGACCCCUUGUUACCUGCAUUCAGCUUCCAUCGUCAGCUCGACAUAUCAUUCAAUAAUGGGGCGGACAAACUACAUGCAAAAUCAUGAGAGAGUAUCAGGACGGAACUCUCACAAGGAUGAAUCGGAGUUAUAACACAGCUGGCCCCCAUUGCUCUGCCGAAAUUGGACAUGAUACGAAAACAGUCAAAUCCCCGUUCGCUCUUACUACAUCCAGUACUGCACGUUCAGCCGCAUGGUGCUUUCCGGGCUCCUUCAAGGACGCAUGGAAACCGGCACUUGCAAGAGUGUAAUCUGGUAUGGGUAUCCAUGGGAUGAGGACAAACAUUGCUACGAGGUUAACAUCAGAGAUGCAUUCCGAUCAAGACAGAGGAUCUUCUCAAGUGGGUGAAUGUGGUUUGCUACCACUCCCGUUUCUUCUUCUACUGGCACCUCUCUUCUCCCCGAUGACAUGACAGGGUUGGGUUUUAGUGGCAAUGCAUCGUUUUCAUCCUGCAUUGUGGUGCCGCUAUUGAAUGGACAACGACCACUACGCGCAGAUCUCAACGUGAUCGUACUAUUUGGUUGACCGCAACAUCGUAUAUCAGCAACAAACAGUGAAGCAAGCUCAAUCUUUCUUUUCCGCCUGGAACCUGGGUCACGGUGGUUAUGGCAGCUGAUACAUGUCCAUUCCCGCCGUGGAACACUUUCAAGAAAUCUACAAGCCUUCGAAAAGGGAGGACUUUGAAGAUGCUUUGUGCAGCACGGCCAAAUGAGCUUUCGAUGACCAAGUUUGUGACUUUUUCAGCAAUUUUCAACCAGUCUCAGGUACCAUGAUCCUGUCGAUUCGGAAACAUUCGUCAUCUGUACAAACAGUGGAUUUGGGACAUGUCACGAAGACUUUCGAGAUGAUCAUGUGCCGACAGGACCUAUUAGGGUUUGUGUCGUCAAAGGCGAAGAACUCGUGUGACGAAAAGGCCGAAACCGAACUGUCGGCUAUUCUCGUAUUGCCGUUGCUCAAGAGUCUAGCGAUGGCCGCAACACGGGCGUUUGCGCCUGGCAGAUCAAAUGUAGCGGAAAAGACGUAUCGUAACCCGGAGAUUCUGAAGCAGUGAACUAGUAACCUUG